GUGAAAUCCCAGAUUCCCCUUCCGAGUCAAGUCCUUCCAUUCCCCACGCAAAUGGUUUUUUAUUGGGUUUUUCUGCAAGACCGUGUCUUGAAAAUCAAGGCGAAACGGCGAGAUAAGGGUGUUGCCUACGGUGUAGAAAAGAGAGGUCUAAGUUGACAGCUCGCGAGUUCCCGCAAUACUUGUUGCGUUGGGAGACGGAGUUAUUCCCAUCUCCGCUGAACAGAAACCUUUUCCCCGUACCUUAGUUGAACUCGAAUUCCGAUUUAGUCCUGCUCUCGAUUGUUAAACUGCGUUGUUCUUAUUCCCCGUUUCAUUCAUUUUCUCGGGAAUCUGCUGUUCGGGUUCAUCUCUGUAAAUUUUAAUUGCUGCAUCACGUCGGAGGUUCUCUACUUCAGAAACCUGAAAUUGCAGAUCCGCGAAAGGGCCGGGCGAUUGAAUCAGAACAAGUUGUUUCGUAAAGUUACUAUUCAAUAUGGGAAGAGACUUGUUGGACACGAUCUUCAUCCAGAAAUGGAAGCGCUCUUGGUUUUUCGUUGCAACCGUUGCUUCUAUUUUGGCAUUGGUUUCUGUGAUACAUCUAUUCUUUCCCCUGGCACCUUCUUUCAAUUAUUUUAAGCAACAGCAGAACUCUUGCCUUCCCACUAAUUCAGCGGCUGAAUUAUCAAGCACUGAUGUCAAUGAAAAUUUCGAACCAGCAGUCGAUUUGAAGCAUCAAUUUCCAUCUGACUUGCAUGGAGCAGUUGUUUAUCGUGGGGCACCAUGGAAGGCUGAGAUAGGACAGUGGCUUGCGAGCUGUGAUUUUGUUACAAAGAAAAUCAACGUUACUGAGAUAAUAGCUGCCAGCGACUGCAAAAAUGACUGCAGCGGUCAGGGUGUUUGUAACCGAGAAUUGGGACAAUGUCGGUGCUUUCAUGGAUAUACUGGAGAUGGAUGCGCUGAAAGAUUAAAGUUUGAAUGCAACUACCCAGGAUCGCCAGAUCAGCCAUUUGGACGGUGGGUUGUCUCAAUUUGCCCGGCUAACUGUGACAGAACAAAAGCAAUGUGCUUCUGUGGAGAAGGCACAAAAUAUCCAGAUCGUCCGCUGGCAGAGACAUGUGGGUUUCAAUUUAUUCCAUCUUCUGAACCUGGUGUUCCCAAACAAGUUGAUUGGGCCAAAGUUGAUCAGGAUGUGUUCACAACUAAUAGUAGUAAAGAAGGAUGGUGUAACGUGGACCCAGCUGAAGCAUAUGCUCUCAAGAUAAAAUUCAAAGCAGAAUGUGAUUGCAAAUAUGAUGGUCUCUGGGGUCGAUUUUGUGAAGUGCCUGUGCAAUCGACUUGCAUUAAUCAAUGCUCUUUGCAUGGUCAUUGUCGUGGUGGAUUUUGUCAGUGUAACAAUGGCUGGUAUGGAGUAGAUUGCAGCAUUCCAUCUGUUUCAUCUUCUAUAAGAGAGUGGCCCAGUUGGCUCCGUCCGGCUCAAGUUGAUGUUCCUGAAAAUCUUCAUUUUGAAGGAAGAAAAGUCAACCAUAAUGCCACCGUGGAAAAGAAAAGGCCUCUUAUAUAUGUCUAUGAUUUGCCUCCAGAAUUCAACAGCCUGCUCCUUGAGGGGCGCCAUUUUAAGCUUGAAUGUGUAAAUAGGAUUUAUGACGGUUCUAAUGCUACAAUAUGGACAGAUCAGUUGUAUGGCGCCCAGGUAGCACUUUACGAGAGCAUCUUAGCUAGUCCUCAUAGAACUUUGAAUGGUGAAGAAGCAGAUUUUUUCUUUGUUCCAGUUCUUGAUUCAUGCAUCAUAACUCGUGCUGAUGAUGCCCCUCACUUGAGUCUGCAGGAACAUAGGGGGUUGAGGAGCUCUUUUACAUUGGAAUAUUAUAAGAAAACACACAACCACAUUGUCGAGCAAUAUCCUUAUUGGAACCGUUCUUCAGGAAGGGACCACAUCUGGUUUUUUUCAUGGGAUGAAGGUGCUUGCUAUGCUCCCAAGGAGAUAUGGAACAGCAUGAUGUUAGUUCAUUGGGGAAACACAAAUGUAAAGCAUAACCGUUCAACUACAGCUUAUUGGGCUGACAACUGGGACAAAAUCCAUCCAAAUAGGAGGGGAAAUCAUUCUUGUUUUGAUCCUCAUAAAGAUCUUGUGCUUCCUGCUUGGAAAGUGCCUGAUGUUGGUGCAUUGACUUCCAAACUGUGGGCCCGGCCCCAUGAGAUGCGAAAGACACUGUUCUACUUCAAUGGGAAUUUAGGACCAGCUUACCCUAAAGGAAGACCAGAGGAUUCGUAUAGCAUGGGGAUCAGACAGAAACUAGCAGAAGAAUUUGGAUCAACCCCUGACAAGAAAGGUUGGCUUGGGAGACAGCAUGCAGAAGAUGUUAUUGUGACCCCAUUGCGUUCUGACAAUUAUCAUUUGGAUCUGGCAAGCUCUAUUUUCUGUGGAGUGUUGCCUGGAGAUGGUUGGAGUGGACGCAUGGAAGACAGUAUCCUGCAAGGAUGCAUUCCCGUGGUAAUUCAGGAUGGUAUUUUCUUACCGUAUGAGAAUUUCCUCAACUAUGACAGCUUUGCUGUUCGAAUAUCUGAAGAUGAAAUCCCGAACUUGAUAAAGAUUCUUCGGGGAUUUAAUAAUACAGAAAUAAAAUUCAAGCUGGAAAAAGUUCAGAAAAUCUGGCAGAGAUUCUUGUAUCGUGGUUCUGUUAUGCUUGAAGCUGAAAGGCAAAAGACUACUGUUGGGCAUGUUAGUGAUUGGGCAGAUGAAUUCUCAAACUUGAUGGAAGAUGAUGUCUUCACCACUUUCCUACAGGUUUUGCAUUACAAGUUACACAAUGACCCUUGGAGGCAGCAAGUCCACCUUAACAAGAAGUAUGGAUUGCCUAAACAGUGUGUGGCAAGCACCAAUAUGGGGUUUAAUUGAUUAGAAGGCUAGAUGAUUAUCAAGGGUCUUUCAGAGGAAAAUGGAAACUGGAUGGCCGUUCUGCUUUAUCUGAGGAGUUGAGAUUCAGUAGACACUCUCGGCGUGCGUAAAACUGGGUCAGAGUCAAGAUUCUAUUUGAUACACUAGGAUCUCCAAUACAAUAAUAUAAUUCAGCCAAGGUAGACCAAUAUGAUUCUUUUUCCCCCUUUCACAUAAAUAUUUUGCAUGUAAAAUGCAUUCGCCUCCUUGUUUUUAUAGCCGUCUUAACUCUUAAAGGCCUUUGUGCCCCGGAAUGUAAAGAAUGUUUGUUGCAAUACCUUAUUGCUAAUAUUGAGAAGAGAAAGGUAAUCACAAAUUUGUUUUCAUUAUCAUGGUUAGUGGAAAAAGUCUUACAUA